AUGACUUCCACCGAGAUCUCCAAGAAGGAGAAAAAGGAGAAGAAAGACAAGAAGGAAAAGAAGGAGAAAAAGUCCAAGAAGUCCAAGACCGAAUCCGAAACCCCCGCCGACGAGCCAACCACCGCCGCUUCCGCCGAAGAAACUCCCAAGCCCGCCAAAGACACCUCGUCCAAGAAGCGCAAGCGCUCCGCACUCCCCGAAGAUGGCGAGCUAGAGGUCGACAUCACAGCGCCCGAGCCGCUGUCCAAGCGCGAACAGCGUCUCGCCAAGAAGGGCAAGCUCGAUCCCGCCACAAAAACCCUCAAAGCGCCCAAGCCCGCCGCCGAAUCCGACUCGGACGAAAGCGAUAAGGAAGAGGGAGAGGGGGCUACAAAGCAGAAGAAGAAAAAGGAGAAGAAGGAGAAGUCUCCGCACGGCAUCUGGAUCGGCAACCUGCCAUGGUCAGCGACGCGCGAUUCGAUCCGCGAGUUCUUUGCGAAGCACGCGGGCCUCACCGGCGAGCGCAUCACCCGCAUCCACAUGCCGUUGCCAGACAAAGCUGCGAUUGCGAAUAUGCGGUUCAAGCCGCACAACAAGGGCUUCGCUUACGUCGAUUUUGACAACGCGGCUGCGGUGCAGGCCGCCAUUGAGGCGUCGGAGACGCUGAUGAGCGGCCGUGCGGUUCUGAUCAAGGACGCGAGCAACUUUGAAGGCAGGCCACAACAGAAGGAGGGCGAGGGCGAGACAGAGGACGGCUUCAAGAAGUUCAGCAAAACGGCGGCUGUGCAGGCCGGCGGAGGCAAGGAACCGAACAAGCGCGUUUUUGUGGGCAACUUGAGCUUCGAUGUCACCAAGGAGAGUUUGAUUGCGCAUUACAGUAAAUGUGGAGAGAUUGCGGAUGUGUUCAUGGCAACUUUCCAAGAUACUGGAAAGUGCAAGGGCUACGCAUGGGUUACGUUCGAGACGCUGGACGCUGCUGCUGCUGCAGUGGCAGGAUACACUAUGAUACCCGCGGACGACGACAGCGAUGAGGAAAUGGAGGAUGCUGAGAAUGAGGAUGCCGAUGGUGCUGGGGAGAAGAAGAAAAAGAAGAAGAAGAAGGCGCGCAAGUGGUUUGUCAACAGGAUGGAGGGCAGAGAAUUGCGCGUUGAAUAUGCCGAGGAUGCUUCAACGCGGUAUCGAAAGCGUUUUGGCAAAGAGAAGGAGGCAGGCCAUGGUGGUGCUCGCGACGAGCAGUUUGGCGAAGUGGAUGCUCCAAAGCAACACACAAAGAGCAGGAAGGAACCUCGCAAGGUCGAUGCCCGUAACAUCAGGUCUGGAGCCGCACUGGCGAAUGCACCAAGAGCAUCAGCUGCCAUUGUGGAGGCGCAGGGCAAAAAGAUUACAUUCGACUAA